AUGAGUGGAAGCGCAUCUCAAAGAUCAGAUCUACUGAUUAAUUCAGAGUACCCUCAUGAUUUACAACCAAAUCAAAAUAUAGAUCAAGUAAUAUCCAAUAAGAACUUGAAUAGACUACAAACAUAUACAGUUAGAGAAAAUUAUGACAAAAAAUCAAGGUCCUCUUUAUUCAAAAUGCUAAAUUGGAUAUACUCCAUUUCACUUUUGAUAAUUAUACUUAUCAUGCUUGCAUUUAUUAGCGUUACUCCAAUUGAUGUCAUAAUUCAAACUAUGAAUGCUACAAAUGCAGUUGCCAUAAAAACAUUUAUAGUUAUAGCUGUCUGUGUUGUAUUUAUACUUUUUUCAAUUAUCAUAUAUUUCACCAGAAUUUAUCAAUAUAAAAUUUCAAUGAAUGAUAUACCAAAUAAAUCAAUUUAUAUUCCAUAUAAAAAUGAUUAUCCAAAAGUUGUCUUUGAAUAUAUUGAGAAGAGUUUAAAUAAAUGUCUUGAGACUGCAAAAUUGGCUGGUCCAUUACAUCAAAAGAAUGAAAUUAUAAAUCACCCUGGAUUAUCGCCUCCUGAGUAUAUUAAAAAUGCAAAUAAUAAUAUUACACCAUUACUUCCACCUUCUAUUCAUUAUGAAGAUGUUAUAGGCAGUUUGGGGGAUAAAUUUUAUACUGGGAAAAUUUUAACAGAAGAUGAUAUUCCAAUUAAUUUAUCAAUAAAAGAAAUUAUUAUUUAUCUAUAUAAACAAGUAAAUCAUGAUGAAAAAGAGGUGAGUAAAAAUGCUCCUAAUAUUUUCAAAUUAAUAACGUUGUAUGAAAAAUUAAGAUUUGGUUCACAAUUAAUAACAGAUGUAGAUCUUUUUCAAUUUAUGUUGGAGUUUGAUAAAUUUGCAACAAUGUGUCAAAAUGAUUAUGUUAAUCAAAUGCCACAACAACAAAAAGUAAAUAAAAGGUCAACCAUUUAUGAAAAUAAUACUGAUAAUAAUUAUUAUAGUAGUAAUAUAUUUUAUGAUGAUACAAGUUCAUCAAUAGGAAUAAGCUCAACAUCAUCAUCAUCAACUAUAAAUACAUUAGAUUCAAAUUUGAACCAGUCAGAAACUUCAUUUCAUCAUAAAGCUGUUGAGAAUAAAUAUUUUCAAAAUAUUGAUAAUAAUUAUAAUAGCCUUUUAGAUGAUGAUAAAUCAGUAAAGAGACUUAAUUUACAGAAACAAUCAAGUUUCAACUCGUCAAGAUCAGUUGUAAGAAAUAAAUUAGCAUUGAAUAGUAAGAACUCAUUAAACAGAAAUAUUUCAGGAUAUAUUACUGAUUCAGAACAAGAGGAAAUUGAUGAGAAUGAGUUAGGUAUACCGAAUAUGGACGAUGAAGAUGAUGAUUCCACUGAUGAAAAUUUCUAUAAGCUUAAAAGAAUGUAUGAAGUUCAAGACAUUUCACCAAAUGAUAGUUUAGAAAGUGUUGAAAUAACUAAAAAACCGAAUAGUGAUUAA